AUGUCAUUAAUACUACCAAGAUUAUAUUUAGGAGAUAUCGAAAUAGCAGAGAGCCUAGAUACACUUAAAGACAUGAAAGUUACUCAUAUUCUUUGCACCACUUGCACAAUUGAUGACAAAUAUCCAGAUGUAUUUUAUCCUCAAAUUCUUUAAUUAUUUUUCAUGUAGGAUUUUAAGUAUAUGGUACUAAAGCUAUAAGACAGGUUCCAUGAAAAUCUUCUACUGCAUUUUGAUUCUGCUCUUGAUUUUAUUAAAGAAGCAUUAUAAAAUAAUGGAACUAUUCUAAGUUUAUCAGCUUAUUUGAUCAGAGAACAUGGCCAUGAUUUCUAAUCUGCUUAUGAUUUCGUUCUAUCUAAGAGACCUUGUGUUUAACCAAAUCCAGGUUUUAUGAACCAACUAAAAUAUUACGAAAAAGAUUUGAAGGAAUUGAGAGAAAAAUCUCUAUCUCAAUAAGAGGAGGUUAAAUAGCAAGUUCCGGACUCGAUUCUUGAUCUUCUAAGCAAACCUCAAGCACCAUUGCAAAUUCCUACUGACUAGUUGCCUCAACAUAUAAAGACUACACAAAUUUAAGAGGAAUUAAAGUAAGAGAGUGAACCUGAGUCCAAAUAGUAUUCUUGCAAAAAAUGCAGAAAAGUACUGUUCACUUAGGAUAAUGUUGAGGAACAUAUAUCGAAAGUUAAAAAUCACAACGUAAGAAGAGGUGAACGCAUAGCUGCAGUAGAUGAGUGCUCUUCAAUCUUCAUCUAGCAAUUGGAGUGGAUAGCACUUGAUGAGGAAUCUUAGACUGGGAAAAUUUCUUGUCCAAAGUGCAAUGACAAGUUAGGAUCCUAUUCAGUCUAUGGAAGUUAAUGUUCUUGCGGCAAAUGGAAUGCACCAGCAUAUUAGAUUCACAAAUCUAAAGUUGAUGAAUUGACUAAGUUUACAUUUUGA